AUGGGACAAGGACAAUCGAUAGAUAUAUCGCCCACUAAAUCAUUUGAAACAAACCAGAAAAAAGAGGCAUCGCAAGAGAGUAGCAGUGAGAAUGUCGGAGACGAAGCUCUGUUUCCCGAUCCAACCGGCCAUGAAUAUGACGAAAUCGACAAGCUGCAGGCAGAAUUGCCCUCAAUUAUUGAUGAAGAAUCCAGACAGCAAGUGGACGAUUACAUAGAAGCUUGCAACAAUGGAAAGGGUCCCAUGGCGGCCUGCUACGCCACUGGUGAAUUCUUGAGUAUGUUCGAACGAAAGCACCAAGAAGCCUUUGAUUUAUUUGAAAAUGUUUGUUUCCGACCCCUCUGUGACAAGAGUCCAAGCGCUGCUGAAGUCGACGAAGGUAAGGCUUAUGGCCCUGGCUGCUUCAACUUGGCGAAGAUGCUCAUGACAGGCAAGGGAGGUGUUCCAGUUGAUCGAAAACGAGCCUACAAUGUCUUUGACCGUGCCUGCCGGGCGGGACACGGAGGUGCCUGUCACAUUCAAGCAAAAAUGCUGCUGAGUCCACCCGGCUCCCUAGGCAAGAAAAUUCCACACGAUCCCUAUAAAGCCAUGGACUUGUACCAACAGGUUUGUGACACUGGCGAUUCGAUAUCGUGCUUUACCCUAGCGACCAUGCUGUUGCGGGGUGAUAAGAUUAAUCGAAUGGCCAAGAAUGCGUCUCCUAAAGAACUUACGGGAGAAGAACCUGUAGCAAAACGAACCAAUGAAGAUGACCGAACCCGAUCAGCUAAAGACAAAGACUACAUUGAACGAGAUCCCAAGCGGGCUGAGCAGUUAUUGCUGUCGGCGUGUGCGACCGGUGCUCAUCCUCCUAGUUGUUUCAACUUGGCAGUCAUGUACUCGAAUGGAGAUGAUGGCGUUCCCAAAGACCCAGCCAAGGCAGAAGAAUUCAAACGAAAAACGGAGGAAAUGAUCCAACGCUUCGGUGGAUUUGGAGGAAACUAG